AUGGUUGCUGCCUUGCGCCGCACCUCAACGCUGGGGGGGGAUCACCCGCCGCAGUGGUGGUACCCGGGACCCAGCCACGCUGGAUCCCCUGGUGCCCCCGCUGUGGUGACCGAAGCCCGGGGGCCUUUUGGCCCCCGGCACCGUUGGGGUCUGUGGAUCGAUGGCCGCUGGCCAUACCCGAAACUCAGAUUCCUGGAGGGAGCCGCCCCGUGGGAUCCGCCGUUCGCCGGCGUUGUCCACGGGGUCUGGACCCUUCAUCCGAGGGCCACAUGCCGCAGCCUGCCAGCGCCUUCACGGGCGUCUGGUCGGAUCAACUGCGUGCGGACUGGUGCUGAGGAGUUUAGUGGGGGCAAUUGGAUGGUUUCAGCGUCCCCCCGGUACGCCGGGGGUGCCGCCGCAACCGGGCGCCUCGUGCGCCCCUUCCAUUUAACUACAUUCUACCCCCUCGGGGGUCUGGGCUCCCGGGACUCCCCCGCCGCAAGGCGGGUGGGCCCCCGGGACGUCUUGCCAUGA